AAUUCUUCUAUUCUCUUUCCUGCGAGACCUAAAACUAGGGAUGACAACAAAAUCCGAACCCACGGGUACCCACCCGACCCAACCCGGUCAACGCGGGUAAAAUUCGUGUUGACGGGUUUUGGGCCGGGUUUGGGUUUAAACCCGUUCACUAUUCACCGGGUUGGGUUGGGUUUGGGUUUAGGUAAACCCGACCUAUGAGUACCCGCCUACACCCAUAUAAUUAAUUUUCUUGGUAUAUUUAAUAUUCUAAACAACUAAUCUUACUUAUGUAUGUGGAGACAUGUCUAAUUUUUUCUUUCUAAUUGUGUAGAAUGAAGUUGAUGUUAUCUAGUGAGAGUGAAGAAACUUAAUUGAAAGGAAGAAGCUUUCAAUUAAUCAUGUUAUUUAUGGAUAAUCUGUUAUUUGCUUCAAUUUUCUUGAGUUUUCUAGAUUAGUGUUGAACAAUUUGUAUAGUUUAUUUGUGAUUUGCUUGAAUUUUCUAGAAUUGUGUUUUAAAUAUGGAUAAUUUGUAUUGAGAGAUUGAUCUUUGACUUUAAUUUUGAUAGAAACUUGUUACUGUAAAUUUUUUACGACAAAAACCCGUGGGUACCCAUAAACCCGCGGAUACCCAGCGGGUUGGGUUGGAUUUGAGUUUUUCAAACCCAGUGGGUUUUACCCCUGGUUUUUUUUACAGAUAAACCCAUGGGUUUGGGUUUGGCAAAACCCGACCCAACUCGACCCAUUGCCAUCUCUACCUAAAACUCCGACCUUCUAUCGGUCACUGUCCAAACCUACAUGAACCCGACAUAAAUCAAUUAUACUCCAAUAAAAUAGAAUCAUUAUCACUUGCUAAACCGACAUAGCACUUAAACAAACGGUUUCACAACCUUCCAAAUCUCAAAUCAAGGAGAAAAGAAAGAAAAGUCAGCCAAACCAAAACGCCACCUCGCCAUAGAAGAGAUAUUAUUUUGCUUGGGAGCAUGUGCCCACUCAUCUUCUUCAACCCUUUCUCACUCGCUCUCUCAUCAGUCAUCACUCCAUCCAUCCAGCCACUAACCAGUUCAUCUUCCGCUCAGCAAGAACAAAAUUCCAUCCCCCCCAACCAACGAUCACAUUCUCCCUCCUCACCCCACGUUCCUUUUUCCUUUUACUUCCAAUAAAGCUCAUCUCUUUCUUGCCAUCUUCUUUACUUGUGAAUCAAUCAAUACUAUGCCACUCUGAAAAAUCCCCCUUCCGUUUUGUCCCUCCCCUGUUUUGGUUUUAGUUCGAAGCAGAGGAAGGGUUUGAUUUUUCUUUCCUCCCCACAUCGCCAAUGGAUUCCUCUGUGCUUCUGGACUACGCUCUGUUCCAGCUCACCCCGACUCGAACCAGAUGUGAUCUGAUCGUGUUCCAUGGAGGGAAGCCUGAGAAAUUGGCUUCUGGGCUCUGCGAGCCGUUCGUUUCGCAUCUCAAAUUCGCGAAAGAUGAGUUUGCGAAAGGUGGGUACUCCAUCAAGCUCUGCCCUCCUUCCCGCUUUGCUCCCUGGUUCACCAAAUCCACUUUCCUGAGAUUCGUGCGGUUCGUUAGUACCCCUGCAGUGCUGGAGAGGUUUAUUAAGCUAGAGAGCGAAAUUAUGCAGAUUGACGAGAGUUCAGCACAAGCCAACGAAUUGCUCUGUAAAAGUGGCGAACCGGAGAAAGGAAAGAAGAGAAAUGAAGAAUCCCCUGCUCCUACCCCUCAAGAAAAUUCCAAGGUUCAGUUCCAGCGGCUGCUCGAGACCCGGAAAUCGAUGCUUCGGCGAGAGCAAGCCAUGGCGUAUGCACGAGGGCUCGUCGCAGGGUUCGAGCCCGAUAAACUAGACGAUCUGAUUUCCUUUGCGGAUGCAUUUGGAGCUUCGAGGCUAAAGCAGGCUUGUGUGAACUUUAAGGAGUUGUGCCAGAAGAAGAAUGGAGAUGGUCUCUGGAUGAAGGAAUUGGCUGCAAUGGAGGCUUACUCACCAGCAGAACUUGCAUUCUCCCCGACGCCGGUGAUUGUGCUGACUAAUGAAGCCUUGGAUGGAUCAGUGGCAGCUGAUUCAUCGCCUGCUAGACAAUCGAGUUUGGACAGCCAAACAGAUGAAACUUCCACUGCAAAAGCUCAAAUGGGCAUGCCAUGGCCGAAUCAGAUGAUACCUCCUUACAUGUACAAUUUCCAGCACCUGAAUCAUCCAUAUCAAGGCUACCCAUAUCCUCCUGUGCAGCCUUACCCUCCUCAGUAUGCUAUGAAUAUGCAAUCACCGCCAACAAGCCGGAGAAAAUCAAGCCCAGCCAAGCAGUAUAGCAGGAAAGGAAGAAGCUAUUCAACUGAAGAGAGUGAGGAGGAGGAAUCCAGCGGUUCCGAAUCCAUCAGAAGCGAUUCAGAAUCCGAAGUUCGGUCAGACAAGAAGCAGGAGCAGCUUUCUUCUCCCGGGGACGAUGUUCCAGUCAAGAAGAAGCACCACAGGAGGAAGUCAUCAUCCAAAACAGUUGUUAUUAAAAACAUCAACUACAUCACAUCCAAGAAAAGGAAUGGAGCCUUGGAUAAUUCGUUUUCGGGUGAAGAUGAAGGCAAGCUCGUGAACCAAGUGGUGGAAUCAUUGGAGGAGAAGAUGAACACGUCAAAGAACGAGGACUGGGAUGCUUUCCAGAAUCUCCUUACGAGAGAAGAGGAGCAGCAGCAGCAGGCAGUUGUAUUAGCCAUCACUGGACCAGAAUGCCCUGCCACGGAUUUGGAAUCAUCAGAGAAACUACCAAUGCAGAAGAUUCCUGCAGGGGAUUCGUUUCUCAUGGUGAAACCAGACGAGCCACGGGGAGAGAGAGCUAGCUUGGAGGAGGAUUUUAUGGUUGGGAAUCAACAACAACGAUCAGUCGUGAAGAAGAGAAUGGAUUCUGCAGACGAAGAUUUGGUCAUUUCGCGGCGAGUACACGAAUCAGGAACAGGACUAAUAACUGACGAAAGUCUAUCUUCCUCCAUGGUGAAGCCUGGAAAGGGAGGAGGAGAAGACUGGUUUGUAAUCAAAGGUGCAUCAGUGAACAAAGAAGCCAUGCUCAAUGGAGAUUACCUGCAAAUGGAAAGCAACAACUCCGGCAAAAGAGAAAGCACUGAGAGAGACAGAUUGGCUGUUGAUGAUUCCUUCAUGUUAGAAGCUCGACCACUGGACGUUUCUGUCAAUCAGUACGACGAGCCUCCAUGGAGAACAGACAUAGCCAUGGCCGCAGAUUUAUCACUAUCUUCUCCACUCGAAAAUGGAGAUACGAAAGAGAGGAAAAGCCAUGGCGAGCAGGUCGACGACCUUUGCAUGGUGGUGGAGAGGGAAGCAGCUUGGUGUACAGAUCAAAGCAUGGACUUAUCAUUCAUGGAAGCAACCAAUACCACCAGGAAAUCGACUAAUGAUAAUCCCACCAAGGAAGAGAAUCAAUCGAAUUCGACAAAAUUAGAGACCAAGAACAAGAAGACCGCAACAGCGAAUCACAGUAGAGUUCACGGAAGAACGAGAACGGAGAUGAUCAACUCGAGAACGAAGAGGACAACUCCUCUACAGAGCCGACCACUGAUCCAGAAAAGCAAGCUUGAGAGAGAGGACGAGGCGAGGAAGAUGAUCGAAGAACUAGCUCUACAGCGACAGAAGAGAAUUGCAGAAAGAACAGCAGCAGCAGCAGCAGCUAAUUCAACCCGAAAACAAAACCCAAAUCGAAAAUCGUAAAGAACUCGUCCUACCAAAGCAUAGCUAGAAUUCGUAAAGAACUGGUGCGAGGAGCUUUGUAACUGUUGAUCUCCGGCUUCUUGGAGUGAAUUUUACCCAUACCGCCGGUUACCGAAUACCGAUUGUAACCGGUUCGGUAUCCGGUUAUACCGAAUAUCGGUUUACCGAAUACCAGCCAUAGUUCUCGGUCGCAAAUAUAUGUUUAGUUUUGGUGAUUUUUAGGCUCAAGGUGAGUCCCAGGACCCACCUAGUCAAAGGAUUGGAUCAGCCAUUGUUUGUAAGUAUUGGGUAAAAUUUAAACUCGAAUAUUGCAGGUGGUGGAUGGACUGAACGUAUAUUUUUUACUAUCCAACUAGAAUCUAUGCGAUUAUUAUACACUAGAAAAGACCCGCUCGCUACGGUUCGCACAUAAUAAGAAUAACAAAAUAUUAAAUCCAAAAGAAUUGAUGAUUUCAUGCAAGCUGGUUAGUUUUGGAUCAGACAACAAAUCCUUAGAGGCGCAACAAAAUAGUUGACAAUUGUCUAAAGAUCUUCAUGGAGUACUAAAUGUAACAAUCAUAUAUGAAAAUGAUAAUGAAAACAUGAGUGUUCCGCUCGUACCAGAGAUGCAUUACGUACUCUCCAGUGUUAGCUUGUUCACUCAUAACUCAUAAGGCAUACGAAAAUAACGAAAUCAUGGGUAGGCCAUCACACAAAAGGCUUAGGGAACAUCCACAAUACUUCACAACAGGAACUUGAACUCAUAUCAUAUCCACCUAAUUGACAACAUGCAGGAUCUCUAAGAAUUUGGUAUGUUCAUGGCACAUGUUGGCUAUCUUACAAAGGUUGCCUGCCUGGAGUCACAUGACAUUUGUUGCACGUCUAAGAUGAAGUUGUAGAGCCUAACUGGGUCUUGUUGCAGAGUUGCAGUCCCAGUAAGUUCUUUGUCAACUAUCCUUUGAAGAAUUAUCUCUCUCGAUUCAUGACUAAACAAUGAAGGUUAGAUACCUUCCACCUGAGGUAAGACCUUUCGAUGCAAUAGGUAGAAUCAUAUCUCCCACUGCACUCCCUAAUAAAAUGCUCAACAAAUGGAAGUCAUAUAUAAUAAACAAAACAAAGCAAGGUUAUUGAAGAAAACACAUACGAACUAAAUUAAGAAGGAAUUGCCAACUUUAUGGCCUUUAUAUUUUGGGACUCGUUAAAGUAAAAGCAGGGAAGAACCAUAUGAAAAUUAGGAAGUUUGCAAUUCUAGGCAUGUUCGAUUCUUAAGAGAAGCAUUUUGGGAAUGAGAUAUACUCUGAUUGUACUCGAGGAACUGCAAAAUAGAGUAGGAUUUCUUGAAGAAGCAAAUAGGAUUCAAGUGAUUUAACAAAUGGAUGGAAAGACCAACUAAAACAAAAACAGAAAGAACACAGUAGAGAAGGAAGAAAGAUAACAAUUUGGACUGUUGAAAAAAAAAAUACAAAAAUUUAGAAUAAGGAAAUCCUAAAUCAAGCCAGGUUCAGUGCAUGUAUACUUUGUCCGAAAACUGAUGGCAAUCAAAGAAUGAUAAGCAUUUUAAGCUUGGUUGCACCUCAAAACGUCCACCGUAAAAAAUAAUGGCGCAAAAUAUUCUGAAAUACAAAUCUAUCCUUCUC